AACAACCAACCCAAGGGUAAAGCCAAGGCAGGAACAAGGUAGACUGAGAGUUGAACAAAAAGUUGCUCUAACUACAUCAAGCAAAAAAUGCUCACUUCGGAGGCCGUCGCAAGUGCUCACAAUGUGAAUUGAUGUUCCGAAGAGAAGAUCAGCAGAAAAGUUUUCUUUUUUUUCUUCAUCUUUUUUCUCCAUACUUUUUACUUUCUAAACCAAUCUUUUUUUACUCUUUCCUUUCUUUUCUUUCUCAAUCAUUCAUAACAUCACCACCAAUUUACCUAACCAUCAAUACCACCAUCAACCACAACCAUCACCUUCAUCACGUCUCUUGAUUGUGUGUUAAUCAACCGUCCAUCUGUCAAUCUUUUUUUUGGUUACUUUUUGAUGAACAAAUUUUUUCGACAAAACUUUUUAUCUCUCAACUUAAAAACUUUCAUAUUUCUGUGUCAACUUUUUCACCCUUUUCUUUGUGAUUCAUGUAAUGACUACCUGUAACACUGCCUUGGAUAAUCUUUAUCAAUCUUUAUUCUCGUGCCUAAACAUUUAUCUUCAUCUUUCAUCUUCACCUUUCUGAACAUCCAUCAACUCUUCAAGAAUCAAGUCUAUGAACAUCAAUUGUGCCUUAACUGUGCCUUUAAAAUGAAACAAAUCAUCACAAUCAAUCUAGUUUUACUGGGACUGUUGACUGUCCAAGUUGAAGCUGCUCAAAUAAUAUCAUUCAAUGUAACUUCACCCGUUGAAAAUGGUACUUCAUCAGUAAUCUUAGACUGCAACUUUAUCUUUGAUCCAUUAGAAGAAAAUCUCGUUAUGAAAUGGUACUUUAAUGAUAAUCCCAGGCCAGUUUAUCAAUGGAUAAUUGCUUUAAGAAAACGAUCUUAUUCAGAAGAGAUUCGUCGCCACAUUGAUCCAGAUUUCACAGUUGACAAUCAGCUAACUGAACAUCGAGCCAUUCGUUUGAUUAAACCAACAACACAACUUUCAGGAAACUAUAAAUGUACAAUUUCGUCUGUUCAAAGCUCAGAUUCAGCAAGCGCUAAGCUAAUAGUUUAUGCUCCAGCUAAAUCUUUUAGUUUCCGAGCUUAUAAUGAAUCAACUGUUUUAUGCAGAGCAACCGGGCUCUAUCCAAGUCCAGUGGUUGAGCUUUACCGUUUGAACAAACCCUUUAAGUCGAGUGGACCAAGUAGAGUGAAGAUAAGCAAAGAGGGUUACACGGUAAUUACUGGUGAACAGGGUAAAUACAGCAUUGAAUCAAGUGGUUCAAUUGAUGAAGAUGAUUACAAUGAUGGACAAUCAGUUCAUUAUCAAUGUCAUCUUUCCAUUCCGGAUACAAAUUACAGUGUGACAAGGAACUUGACCCUGACCAAUGGAUGGAAUCAGCAGAAAAUUGUUAGCAAAUCAAAUGGAUCGAGCAACAAAUGUAAUAGUAUAUUGAUGGCGAUAUUAAUGGCAAAAAUGUUUUUAAUCAAAUUUAACAUGUAAACUACCAAGUUAGCAAAUUGAAGCAACACAACCGUCCAACUGCGAAUCGCCGACGAAAUGUGAUUAGUUAAAUUGUGAACAGAUGGACAAUAAAAUGAACUAAUCAAUUUUGUUGACAAAAUGCGAUUCAAAAGUGACUUUUGUCACGCAAAGUAGACAAACAAAAGGCCUGAAAAUGCAAGUUAACAAUGCCAAUCCAUUGAAGGUAAUGGCACAACUAAUUCAUCUAGUCCCAUGGAAGCCUGAUGAGUCUGUAAAAACAAACCAUGGUGAUGAUGAUUAACACAUAAACACUUAUCAACACUUUAAUCAUCACAAUUAACACACAAACACACAAAGAUAUUGUUAUUACUUUUGACAUAGUUGAUACUUAUUUUACAUCAUAAACAGUUUCAUCCAAAUUCAUCAUCAUUUUAAUAAAAUGUUUCAUAAAAAAAAAUAUUAAUAUUUUCUCGAUCUCAUUGUAAAUGUGAAAAUAAAG